AUUUCAACCAAUAGAAAAAUAAAUUUUGCAUAAAAUUAAUAAAUUUUGCAUUGAAAAUCGAAAACGACACUUAUUUUGUAACGAAAAAAAUUCUCUAAAACGACACCUAAUAUGAAACGGAGGGAGUAUUACGUUUGUUACUUAGUAAAAAAUGCAUUCCUUAAUUUACAUUCCAAAAAUUGUUUUUUUUUGCCUUUGACUAUCUUUUGGGUAUGAAUGUUAAGAUGCGUAUGACUAUUUUGUUCAAUAUUUCCUAACGUUUGAAUCCUCUCUCUCUCUCUCUGCACCAAUGGCUCAGCGGCUUUUCUCUUCCUCUCAUCUUUCUCAUUCUUCAACCUCAAACCAUCGUAAUAUCUCUCUCACGAGCCGCAACGGUCUACUUCUCCUUGUCGCUCUCCUCCUUCUCCUCGGUGUAUCAUUACCCUGGACGGCAUCUCCCUUAUUCAUCUUUCCUAACAAAAGCUCUUCCUAUUCUUAUUCUUCUUUGCCCUCCAACUGGCGCGACUAUUCCCUCGCUCAAGCAGCCAAGUUCGUUGCUAAGGACGGGACUGUGAUCGUCUGCACCGUUAGCUCUCCCUUCGUGCCCUUCUUAAACAACUGGUUGAUUAGCGUUUCUAGACAGAAGCAUCAAGACAAAGUCCUCGUGAUCGCUGAGGAUUAUGCUACUCUCUACAAGGUUAACAAGAAGUGGCCUGGUCAUGCCGUUCUCAUUCCCCCAGCGCUAGACUCUCAGACCGCACAUAAGUUCGGUUCCAAGGGUUUCUUCAAGUUUACAUCUCUGAGGCCACGACAUCUCUUGCAACUUUUGGAGCUAGGCUAUAAUGUGAUGUACAAUGAUGUCGAUAUGGUCUGGUUGCAAGAUCCGUUUCAGUACGUAGAAGGAAGCCAUGACGCAUACUUCGCUGAUGACAGGACUACAAUAAAGUCUUUGAAUCAGUCCCAUGUUUUACCACCUCCGGAUCGAAAUGGAGUGACUUACAUAUGUAGCUGCAUGAUUUUCUUGCGUCACACCAAUGGAGCAAAGCUUCUCAUGAAGAAAUGGAUAAAGGAACUUCAAGAUGGAACUAAAGCAUAUGAAGGAAAUGAUCAGCCAGCAUUUAACUGGGCACUUAACAAGACAUCUAAUCAGGUAGAUCUAUACUUGCUUUCACAGGCAGCAUUUCCAACAGGAGGAUUGUAUUUCCAAAACGCCACAUGGGUUGAAGAGACAAAGGGGAAGCAUGUCAUAAUCCACAACAACUACAUAAUCGGUUACGAGAAUAAGAUGAAACGCUUCCACGACUUUGGUCUAUGGCUAGUUGAUGAUCAUGCUUUUGAGUCCCCAUUGGGAGAGAUAGAGUGAAAUUUGAAUGCCUUGUUAUGUGUGAAUGUUAUAUGGCUGAUUCAAAACAGAGGAAAACAGAGGUAAAUAAAAGAGAUGUAUAUCUUGAGAUUAUUCGAAUCAUUAUUUUUUAUAUUUUGUAUUUAUGUAUGUUGUUAAGCUAUAUAUCAUUUUCAACUGUUCGAAAAUGAUAUAUAUAUAUAUAUAUAUAUAUAUAUGUAUGUAUAUUCUUCUAAUUUCAUGUAAAUCAUAUAUAUUAUUUAUAAAUAAUAUAACGAGCGCCUAUCAUCUUUUAGAACAUUGAUUUCAUAGUGAUUUAUUUAUAAUGACUUCAUUAUUACAUGGAAACAAAGAUGGUGAAAUGAAAACACACAAAAUUUACUUAGAUACUAGUUUACUCAUAUAAUCAAACAACACAUAACACACACAGCCACAAAAAUAAGGACGUUUUGAAACAUAAGUAAACAACUUGAACACAAAAGAUGAAGAGAAGAAAAGUAUCUAGAUAGUGGACUCGCCAGCUUAGUCUCAGAGAGACACAAAGCAUAACAGCUUCAAGAACAAUAGUGUCUUUCACAAGGUAUCCUUUUGCUUCAUCUU